AUGGCUUCCUCACAGCCUAAUUCGCCGUCCGAUUCUGAGCCUGAAGCUAUUCCCGAGUCCCCGCCGACGCUGCCAAGCCUUCCUGACGCGCCGCCAAGCCUCCAUGACGCGCCGCCAAGCCUCCAUACCUUCCCGCUACCCCCUCUCGAUCAGUAUUACGAUACACCAGAGCAAGGAAUGGCCGCAAUCAAUGCUUUUGGCGCAUUACAUGGCUACGCAGUCACCUCAUUACGCUCUAAAAAGACGAAGAGAGGAGUUAAGAAGGUCAUAUACAUUUGCUGCGAUCGCGGUCGUCCAGUAAGCACUCGCGCUCGCCCUGAGGGUGCUCCAGAGCGUAAGCGUCAGACUACUACGCUUUCAAAUAACUGUCCUUUCGCUAUGGCUAUACGGCUGAAUCUAGAGACGGGGAAAUGGUCUUUUACGGUGGAGGAUACGUCACAUAACCAUACGCCAUCUCCUCUUUCAACCCACCCAAUUCAGCGAAGUCUAGAGCUUUCUACAGUAUCAGACGGCAUCCAAAAGCAGCUAGAGCAGGGCCUACCUACCCGCCAGAUCCUUCAUGCUCUUCGAAAGGACAAUCCAGAGACUUGCCUUAAUGCCCAGGAUAUCUACAACUUCCGGCAUAAGCUUCAUGCUGAAUUCCUUGCCGGCCGUACUCCGCUUCAAGCUCUAUUGAUAGAGCUUCCAAAGGACGGCGAAUGGAUCUUCAAGUAUGAAGUUGACGAUGAGAAUCAUGUUACAGCCCUCUUCUGUAUGCAUAAGACGAGUAUAGCAUUACUUAAGACAAAUUCAUGGGUUAUUUCAAUGGAUUGCACCUACAAAACUAACCGGUACGGGCUUCCAAUGCUCGAUAUCGUCGGCUUCACUGCUACGGGCUCAACCUUUUACGUCGGCUUCGCCUUCAUAAAAGACGAGAAGGAUGAUAGCUACGAAGUCAUUUUAAGCUGUCUUGUAGAGGCUUACGAAGCUCUCGGCCUUCAAGCACCCCGGACGAUCCUUACCGAUAAGGAGUAG